AUGGGUGUGGUUUUAUUGCUAUUACUAGCCUUCUCGAUAUUUGGAAGGUUGUCAUGUAUUAUGGAUCCAUGCGAGAGACAUAAAAGUUGCAGUGACUGUAUUACAGAACCUACAGUUUGUGUCUGGUGUGCAUCGAACAACUUUAAUGACACGAGGUGUAAAUCAACAAAGCUUCUUACACCAACGUGGUGUCCGGAAUCUCUACAGAACCCUGAGAACAAAGUGAAUGUAUCUGAUAAUUUGGAUUUUAAUUCAAAUAUUGGAAAUAUAAUACAGGUCAAACCACAAAAGAUCGCGAUGAGUUUGCGCCCAGGCGUGCCUGCAGAGUUCGCCUUUUCUUUUAAAACAGCUGUCGACUAUCCCGUAGAUCUUUAUUUUAUAUUAGAUGCAUCAAAAUCCAUGGUCGCAAUAAGAUCUACUAUAGAGCGGCAAAGUGAUAUAAUUUAUAAUACAAUGCUAAAUUUAACAAAGAAUAUACAACUUGGAAUGGGUACUUUUAUAGAUAAAAAUACGUUACCGUAUACGGACGUACUAGACAGUAGCAAUACAUAUUCUUUUAAACAUCGUCUAAAACUUACUGAUAACGUUGAGGAAUUCAAAAAAAUAGUGAGUAGUUUUAAUUUGGGAUACAACUACGAUGAACCCGAAGGAGGUUUUGAUGCACUCGCACAAGCUAUCAGUUGUAAAGAACAAAUAGGAUGGAAAAACGAAUCUCGAAAAAUUAUUGUGAUCUUAAGUGAUGCCAGUUUAUAUCAUUCAGCUGGUGACGGUCUGAUAGCAGGUAUCUUUAAACCCUACGACGGAGGCUGCUAUCUAAACGAUGAUGGUAUCUACACAAAAGAAUUGGAAAUGGACUAUCCAUCCGUAAGCAUUAUUAACAAAAUGGCUGCUGAAGAGGAGAUCACCAUUAUAUUCGUGGUAAAAAGUGAGUCGCAAUACUAUUACAGUCGUUUAAGUGAAGUCAUCAGUGGAUCUAAGUAUAUAAGCUAUGACGGAGACAAGAUCACGUCGCUUCUAGAAAAAAUCUAUGAAGAAAUCACAAGACCGGUAAAAUUGAAGAUUAAUUUUAAAUCUGGCCAACGAGAGAAAUUUCACAUUAUUUUCAAUCCGGAUUGCGUUAAUGCUGAUACAGAUUGCAAGGUUAAAAAUGGCCAAGAAAAACGCUUCAAAGGCACAAUCAAACUUUUGGAUUAUUUUGGUGUAAACAAAACGACGAUAGAUGUAGUGAUUGAAGGCAUUAAAGAGAAAAUCAUUCUAGAAGUGAACAUAAUUAAAGACUGUGAAUGCGCCAGCAAAGGAAUCGCAGAAGCAAUUGAAUGUAGUAAAGCUGGAACAUUUCAAUGUGGAAUUUGUCAAUGUUAUCCAAAAAGUUAUGGCGAAAAAUGCGCUUGUUCUUCCAAUGGAAGUUCUAAUGUCAACGACAAUUCCACUUGCAUUGCUCGAGGCAGCAAAGAGUUGUGCAGUGGCCAUGGUUUUUGUAUUUGUGGUAAAUGUACAUGCACAAAAGAUUCUCCAUAUGAGGGUACAUUCUGCCAAUACAACAAAGGUAAAUGUCCUCGGGAGAACAAACUAGUAUGCAAUGGACACGGUAGAUGCGAAGAUGAGAAAUGUAUAUGUACUGAUGAUGAGUGGACUGGAAUAGCAUGCGAAUGUCCAAAAUCUACCAAACAAUGUAUAGGAAAUAAUGGGAAGGUUUGUAGUGGUCUAGGAGAAUGUAUAUGUGGGAAAUGUGUAUGCAACGGUACAGCAUCUUGGGAUGCCAGAGAGAACCAAGACCGCUUAUGUAACAUUUUGCCAUGCCCGGAUUGUCAUGUGCCUCAAUGCAAUAUUCUAGCAGAUUGCACCCGCUGCCUUUACAGUGGCAGUGAUCAAUGCCCACAAUGCACCCACUAUAAAGCUGGUGUUACACAAUCAGCACUUGAUCCCACAUGGAAUAUAUGCCCGGACAUACGAGUCGAUGUCGGGUGCUACACUCGUUUCAUGUACAAAUACCUUGACGAUAAUUAUGGUCUAGAAAUGUUAGUCCAAUCUGAAAAAAAUUGCUUGGAAAGUUAUUAUUUAUAUGGCGGUAUAUGUCUAGCGUCGCUUAUUCUGAUUGGAGUAGCAACUCUAGUGGCAUGGAAAUGGCUGACGAACGCUCGCGAUAGGCGCGAAUACGAACGUUUCCUGCAAGAACAUCAGGAGGAUUUGACGGAGCCUUGUGAUAACCCUACCUUCAUACCAGCAUCAACUACGACCACGAAUCCUGCUUUUAGAAAACCCUCAGUUGACCACACG